CCCACCCCCCCCCCCUUAUCGCCGCUCGCUGCGACUGCAACCAUGGCGCCCAGUUUCGACACCCUGUCUGAGCAGGACCUCCACGAAGAGGAGGAGGAGGAGAUUGAUUUCUCCGACCUCAAGGAACAAUACGAAGUGAAGCUCGAGGAGGGUUUGGACACAUUCGUCGUCAUCGAUGGACUCCCGAUCGUCCCGGAGGAGAGCCGGCAAAAGCUCAUCAAGUUUUUGUUGAGGAAGCUCAACACGGUCGGCCACACCGCGGAAGAUGCCGUCUUCAUGCCCAUCAACGAUAAGAACAUGUCCGAAGGUUUCGCCUUCGUCGAAUACGAGACCCCCGAACAGGCCAUCGCCGCGGUCAAGCAGCUGCACGGUGUCCCCCUCGAUAAGAAGCACACUCUCGCCGUCAACAAAUUGAUGGAUAUCGACCGCUACGGCCGUGAAGGACGCAUCGACGAGGAAUACAAGCCCCCCACCAUCGAACCAUUCAAGGAGAAGGAGCACCUCCGCUCAUGGCUGGGCGACGCCAACGCCCGCGAUCAGUUCGCCCUCUACCGCGGCGACAAGGUCGGUGUGUUCUGGAACAACAAGACCAACCCCCCCGAGAACGUUGUCGACCGCGCCCACUGGACGCAGCUUUUCGUCCAGUGGUCCCCCAAGGGUACCUACCUCGCGUCCGUCCACCCCCAGGGUGUUCAGCUGUGGGGUGGCUCCGGCUUCUCGAAGCAAAAGCAGUUUCCCCAUCCUUUCGUCCAGCUGGUGGAGUUCUCGCCCGGUGAGAGCUACCUGACCACCUGGUCUGCUCGCCCCAUCCAGGUCGAGGAGGGCCACCCGGUCUUGACCUACGAGGAGGACGGAAAGAACAUCAUCAUUUGGGACAUCGUCACGGGCAAGCCCCUCCGUUCGUUCGUCUCCAACGACCUGACUGCCGGUCCCGGUGCUGAGGGCGAUGCCCAACCCAAGAAGAAGGUUCAGUGGCCUGCGUUCAAGUGGUCUGCUGACGAGAAGUACGUGGCGAGAAUGCAGCAGCACCAGUCGAUCUCGAUCUACGAGCUUCCCCGGAUGAACUUGCUGGGCAAGACUUCCGUCAAGAUUGAUGGUGUGAUGGACUUCGAAUGGUCGCCCGCCACCGUCGCCCGCGAAGGUGUGAAGCAGUACGAGCAGCUGCUUUGCUUCUGGACCCCCGAAAUCGGCAGCAACCCGGCUCGUGUCGCCCUGAUGAGCGUUCCCUCGAAGGAGAUUGUCCGUACGCGUAACCUGUUCAAUGUGUCGGACGUCAAGCUGCACUGGCAAUCGCAAGGUACCUACGUCUGUGUGAAGGUGGAUCGUCACUCCAAGUCCAAGAAGUCGAUGGCCACCAACCUGGAGAUUUUCCGGGUGCGCGAGAAGGGAGUCCCCGUGGAGGUGGUCGACAGUCUUAAGGACACGGUGAUCAACUUUGCCUGGGAGCCCAACGGUGGACGUUUCGUCCUCAUCACAAACGGCGAGGCUACCGGCGGCGCCGGUGUUCUCCCCAAGACCGCGGUGUCUUUCUUCGCGCCCGAGAAGAAGGGUGUUUCGGCGGGUAACUUCAAGCUGGUGCGCACCAUCGAGAAGAAGACCAGCAACGCCAUCUACUGGUCGCCCAAGGGACGUUUCGUCGUCGUUGCCACGGUGCACUCGCAAACGAACUUCGACAUUGACUUCUGGGAUAUGGACUUUGAGGGUGAGAAGCCCGAGGGUGAGAAGGAUCUGGCGGCCAACCUGCAAUUAAUGAAGACUGUGGAGCACUACGGUGUCACGGAUAUUGACUGGGAUCCCACGGGUCGCUACGUUGUCAGCAGUGCUAGCGUGUGGACUCACUCGAUGGAAAACGGCUACAACAUUCACACCUUCGCCGGUCAGACGCUCGCGGAGCAGCCCACGGACAAGUUCAAGCAGUUCAUCUGGCGCCCUCGUCCCCCCACCCUUCUCAGCAAGGAGGAGCAGAAGCAGGUGCGCAAGAACCUCCGCGAGUACUCGAAGGAGUUCGACGAGGAGGACAAGUACGCGGUGGACAUUGCCAACACGGCGGUGGUGGAGACGCGCAAGCGGGUGCUCAACGAGUGGACCGCCUGGCUGCGGCGGGAGAAGGAGCUCCUGGCGGAGGACCAGGAGGCUUACGGCGUGCCGGAGGACGUGGACUCGGCCAAGCUGGCCAAGGAUGCCCCGGCCGUGUCGGAGGAGCAGGGCGAGACGGUGGUGGAGGAGCUGGUGGAAGAGAUCAUCGAGGAGAGCGAGGAGAUCAUUGGUUGAUUGGGGGGGCCAGGUCGUAUCUAAUGUGUUCCAGUCCAUCUAUUUCCCUUUCCUUAUCCUUCUUGCAUCUUGUCUGUCGAUAUCCUCGCUUUUCUUAUCUUCUCCGAAGCCGUCACACUUCUUCCUGCCUGUGAGCUUCCUGUGAGAUCCAAUUGGAGUGGUUUCCACGGGGGGACUGUGGAACAUUCAAAAGUGAAUAAAUAGAUCUGUGUUUGCAUAUUCUGCGUGAUGUUGGUAGCAAUGAGAGAUGACAGACAAUGACAGCACCAAUCCCAUUCAAAUCAGCC